AUCAUUUGGUAUCAGAGCCUGUUGUCACACAUCUCUCAUGGACCAAAACACACUUCCCUCAUUCUUCUCCUCUCACUUUCGGCCAUCAACCCCAUCCCCCCAUAAUCCUUUUUCGUUCCUCUUUCAAAUAUGUCAAACCAAUCCUGAAGCAUGUCUCAUGAAGAACUUAUGGCCUCAAACGCUGCCUUGCAAGCUCAAGUGGAAUACCUAGCCAAAGAAGUGGCUAAGCUCACAAAGAAAAAGAUGUCCAUGCUACGAGAUAGUGAAGAUGAAGAGGAAUCUAGCUCUAGUUCCAUCAUGAGAGCUAGGGCUCACGAAAAGUCAUAUUCUGACUUCAAAGUUGAUAUUCCAAUCUUUGAAGGAAAGAAUGACCCGGAUGAAUUUCUUGAGUGGUUAGAGACGGUGGAACGAGUCUUUGAUUUCAAAGAAGUCUCCGACAACAAGAAGGUCAAGAUUGUGGCCUUAAAAUUCCGCAAGUACGCCUCCACUUGGUGGACGAACACCUGCACCAAACGGAUUCGAAGUGAGAAGCCUCCCGUUGACUCAUGGCAAAAGAUGAGGAGUCUCUUGAAGAAGUUCCUACCCACUGAAUAUUCCCGAGAGAACUUUGCUAAGCUUCAAACGCUUAGGCAAGGUACGAAAUCCGUGGAAGACUACACCCGGGAGUUUGAGAAACUCCUACUCAGGUGUGACUUGCAAGAGAACGAAGAGAAAACCUUUGUAAG